AUGACUUCAGAUUCUCUAAAUCGUCAUAUAGGAUUCAGUGUGUGGACAUUCAAUGAGUCAACAUAUAUCCCACAAGCCACAGGAGGAUAUAAUGUGUAUACACAGGACCCGUCUGUCUGUGUAGAACAAGUGAUGAAUGCGACCGUCAACAGGGUAACCAAAGGAAUCGCUAUUUUUAAUUCAAAGGACCCCCCGCUUAAUACAAGAUGUGAAGGCUAUGAACCUUCAUUUGCUACCAUCGAAAUUUGCGAAGUGAAAGUUAUGGGAUGUGAUUUUCAACAAUAUGGAGAAAACUGCAAAUCCUGUCCACUAGAAUGCUGGAAUCAGGUUUGUGAUGCUUUUAAUGGAUCCUGUAUAUAUGGGUGUAGCAACUGGUUAUUGGAACCACCUGACUGUAUAAAGUGCAGACAAAGAUUUUAUGGAGCAAACUGUGAAUCUCGCUGUAGUAAAUGCACCAUCGGAUCCUUUUGUGAUAAUAAAACAGGAAUAUGUCCUGUGGGAUGCCAAGAUCACUGGAAUGGAACAAAAUGUGACGAGUGCAAAAAUGGAUUUCAUGGAGCAAACUGUGAAUUCAACUGUAGCAAAUGUACAAAUGGUACUUUCUGUGAUAAUAUAACAGGGAUAUGUCCAGAGGGAUGUCAGGAGCAUUGGAAUGGUACCAGAUGUGACGUGUGUGAGAAUGGAUUUUAUGGAGCAAACUGUGAAUUUAGUUGUAGUAAAUGUACAAUCGGCACCUUAUGUGAUAAAAUUACAGGGAUAUGUCCAGAGGGAUGUCAUGAUCACUGGAAUGGAACCAGAUGUGAAGUAUGUAGAGAGGGAUUUUAUGGGCAAUCAUGUGAAGAGAAAUGCGGACACUGUAGAAAUACAACAUUUUGCAACAUAACCACAGGAGUGUGUACGGAUGGUUGUAAGGAUAAUUGGGAUGGACUGAUGUGUAACGUUUGCUCAAAUGGUUAUUAUGGAAAUCACUGUAAGAAUAAAUGUGGACACUGUCUGAAGGGAACACACUGUAAUAAAUCAUCGGGAGUCUGUCCUAGAGGAUGUAAAGAGAACUGGACCGGUUCUAAAUGUGAUGAAUGUGAAGAUUAUAAAUACGGACAAAACUGUGCGUAUGACUGUGGACAUUGUAAAGACGAAACAAAGUGUUCUAAAGUGACCGGUAAAUGUAAAGACGGAUGUAUGACCGGAUGGAGUGGAUUGUUCUGUUCGAAAGAAUUGUCCUACACUGAAAAAGGCUCAGAUGAUUGGAUUUUAAAAGUCUCAACUGCAGUAAUAUCCGUUAUUUCAACGCUUUUUGUUGUUAUUCUUAUAGUUUUGGCUCGAAAUGUAUACAGGAAAAUUAAAAAGAGAAAUGUACAUAUAGAAAGAGACGCACCAGAAAUUAUGUCCGGAAAACUUUACGAUCAAUUAGUUGAAACUAACACCGAUCCUACCUAUCAAAAGAUAUCCCCUCAAUCAGAAGUUUCUCAUUACCAGGAAAUGAACGUCUACAAAAAUCAUGAAUUUGUUCAAAACUGA